UUUUCAGUAUUUUUUCAAUAGCUUUGACCAACUAUAAUUAUUAGUAAACCCCGAAAAUGGGUGUACGUGUUUUGAAUGUUAGCAAUAUUUCUCCAGCAGCGACAAAAGAACAAAUACAGACAUUAUUUGCUUAUAUUGGAAGAAUUGAUGAUUUUAAGUUUGAGGAUGAAAGAAGUGUGGAGGUUGGGCAACAUUUGACAAAUACUGUUUUUCUUGAUAGAGCACUUGUUUGUGUUCAGGGACAGUCUAACGACAUCCCUGAUGAAGAAACUGCAGUUCAAAAUGGUUCUCUAGCUUUACCAGGCCAACGCCAAUUGCCUCCACAUAUUAGCAAUCAAAUUGUAACGAUCGAUCCAAAUUUGUCAGCUCUAGGUCUUCCUGCCUAUCCACCACUUCCACCAACUACUGAACCUGCAAAAGUUGAAGAAAUUCGACGGACUGUUUACAUAGGCAAUUUACCUAAAGGAUGUGAUGGAGAAGAACUUCUUAAUUUUGUUAAUGCGUCUAUUGGAGAGGUAAUGUAUUUACGAAUGGCCGCAGGAAAUGAUCAAUUACCCUGUGAUUAUGCUUAUAUUGAAUUUUCACAACAAUCUUCUGUUCCUUUAGCAUUACAAAAUAGUGACAGUAUUGAAUUUCAAGGGAGAACUUUAAGAAUUCAACAUUCGAAAGUCGCAAUAAUUAAACCACAACGAAAAACAGCCGAGCAAUCAUUGGAAGAAGUUGAAGAAGCAAUUCGUGGUGGUGCUGUUGCUGCGACAGGCGAAAUAGGUCGUGGUUAUUCCCCCUCAAAAACUGGUGCAUUAGCUUCAGUUCCUUCUCCUAUGCAAAUGGCAGGAAUUCCUUCAUCAUCAACAUUACCUACACGAAGCCGAAGUCCUCGCAGCCGAAGUCCAAGGCGUUUACGACGUCGCUCCCGAAGUCGUUCUUCAUCUUAUUACCGUCGACGCCGUUCCCGUUCUCGAAGGCGAAGCAGAAGUAGGCGUAGAAGCCCAUCCACUGGUAGGCGAAGACGCUCAUCAAGUAGAAGGAGGCGUUCAAAUAGCAGACGUAGACGUUCAUCAAGUCGGAGGCGUUCUACAAGUCGUGAUCGAAAAAGGCGACGAACUCCUUCACGUGAACGUUCUAUGAAGGAUAGUAAACCACCAAAACGAGAGAGGUCAAAGGAACGAAGUGCUCGUAAAGAGGAGAAAAAAGAGAAAGACAAGAGCCUUGUUUCCUCAAAAAAGGAAAAAAAGAAAAGCCGUUCACCUUCAAAAAAGGACAAAAAAAGGAGUCGUUCACCAAAGGAGAAGGUUGAAAAAGAGGAGAAGACAAGUAAAAAAAGCAAAAAAUCAGAAGAGAAGCAUUCAACAAAAAAAGUAAAAAAAGAAAUUUCAACGACGGAUGAACCAACAUCAUCACGUACAAAUACAAGCGGUUCUUCUUCUACCCAAAUGGAUAUAGGAACAAUUUCUCCCCAAAAAAUGCCCAAAAUGGAAUUUGAAGAUGAAGAAUCGUUGCGUGAACGUUUACUUGAAAGAAAAAAGUUGAAACAAGGACAAUAGAAUGAUGAUAUUUUUUGAAAGUUUUUUUUUGAUUAUUUUUUAAAUUUUGUUUUUGUCUUAUUCAAGUAUAUAAUAUUUUGAGAAUUUGAUAAAUUUGGUUAUUUUUGAUGGGUUUUCUUAAGAAAUUUUUGGAAAAAUUUUUUGACUGAUUUUUUGGGCUGGAUAUUAGGCUGUAUUUAUGAGUUGACAUUUU